CGGCUGAUCAUGCAGUACCUGAAAGAGAACAGCCUCCACCGAGCCCUCGCCACCCUUCAGGAGGAAACGACUGUGUCCCUCAACACUGUGGACAGUAUUGAGAGCUUUGUGGCAGACAUCAACAGCGGGCAUUGGGACACAGUGCUGCAAGCCAUACAGUCGCUGAAGCUGCCUGACAAGACCCUCAUUGAUCUCUACGAGCAGGUUGUGCUGGAGUUGAUUGAGCUCCGGGAACUAGGUGCUGCCAGGUCUCUCCUGAGACAAACGGAUCCCAUGAUCAUGCUAAAACAAACUCAGCCUGAGCGGUACAUCCACCUCGAAAACCUUCUGGCCAGAUCUUACUUUGAUCCUCGUGAGGCCUACCCAGAUGGAAGUAGCAAAGAGAAGCGGAGAGCUGCUAUUGCACAAGCGUUAGCUGGAGAAGUCAGUGUGGUACCUCCAUCUCGUCUUAUGGCAUUGUUGGGGCAGGCACUGAAAUGGCAGCAGCAUCAGGGCCUGCUUCCUCCCGGUAUGACAAUUGACUUGUUCAGAGGCAAAGCAGCUGUGAAAGACGUAGAAGAAGAAAAGUUCCCCACGCAGCUAAGCAGACACAUUAAGUUUGGGCAGAAGUCACAUGUGGAGUGUGCUCGGUUUUCCCCAGAUGGACAGUAUCUGGUUACUGGCUCUGUUGAUGGUUUCAUUGAAGUAUGGAACUUCACUACGGGAAAGAUUAGGAAGGAUCUGAAGUACCAGGCACAAGAUAAUUUUAUGAUGAUGGAUGAUGCAGUGCUCUGUAUGUGCUUCAGUAGAGAUACAGAAAUGCUAGCAACUGGAGCACAAGAUGGAAAGAUCAAGGUGUGGAAAAUCCAGAGUGGUCAGUGUCUGAGAAGAUUUGAACGAGCACACAGUAAAGGUGUUACAUGCCUCAGUUUCUCCAAAGACAGCAGCCAAAUUCUUAGUGCUUCUUUUGAUCAGACAAUCAGGAUUCAUGGUUUAAAGUCUGGGAAAACUUUAAAGGAAUUCCGUGGUCAUUCUUCCUUCGUCAAUGAAGCUACUUUUACCCAGGAUGGCCACUAUAUUAUCAGUGCAUCCUCUGAUGGCACAGUGAAGGUUUGGAAUGUGAAGACGACAGAGUGCUCAAACACCUUCAAAUCUCUUGGCAGCACCGCUGGGACAGACAUUACUGUGAACAGUGUGAUUCUGCUCCCUAAAAACCCAGAACACUUUGUUGUUUGCAACAGGUCGAAUACAGUCGUCAUCAUGAAUAUGCAAGGACAAAUUGUAAGAAGUUUUAGCUCUGGUAAGAGAGAAGGUGGUGACUUUGUCUGCUGUGCGCUUUCACCUCGUGGUGAAUGGAUCUACUGUGUUGGUGAAGAUUUUGUGCUCUAUUGCUUUAGCACAGUGACCGGCAAGCUGGAGAGAACUCUGACUGUUCAUGAAAAAGAUGUCAUUGGCAUUGCUCAUCACCCCCACCAGAACCUGAUUGCCACUUACAGUGAAGAUGGCCUCCUCAAGCUCUGGAAGCCAUAGCUUGAUUUUACAAUGAGCUAUGAAGUAUGCCUGUUAGUUACAGGUUAUUGAUGUUUGUGCUUUAACAAGGUCUAAAUGCACACAGUCUGAUAUUUGCUCCAUUUUUAGUUCUGGUUUCCAGAGAAUAACAUUUUUACUUCUUGAUCUAAAGGUAGGUAGAUUGAUGCUUAAAUACAGCAUCAGUUAAAUUCAAAUACUUUUAUUUUUACCAGAGUAGCUGAAGCAACUUCAGUGGGAGUUUUUUUUCUGUCUCCUGAAGUCUGUACUC